UGAACUCCGCGCGGACGACGUAGCUUCGUUUCUAACACCGAUCUGGUCUGUAUCCAGCAUCCAUCAUGCUUAUAGUUCCAAUAUUAAAUAGUGAGCAUUGGGUACGCUGUCUUCCUGGGCGCAUCAGUUGUCAAUAGAAAUGGCUCAAAAACAUCAGGCGCGAUCGGGCAAGCCGCAGGACUCUGGCUCCCUGGCACGUGAAGACUUCGAUGGUGGGCCUGUCAGCAUUGAUGAAAUCGAGACAGGCUUGUUUCUGGGCAACUUGACGGCCGCAACGCAUAUGGAAACACUGAAGUCGUUUAAAAUUACCCAUAUCCUCACGCUGGAUUCGGUACCACUGCCGAAGCACAUUUUAGAGGCUGGCUUCCUUACAACAAAAUACAUUCAAAUUGCUGACAUGCCGCGCGAAGACAUAUUGCAGCAUCUAGAAGGCUGCGUGAACUUUAUUAGUUCAGCUCUGGAUCAGAACGGCAUUGUGCUCGUUCAUUGGUAA